GGGAGUCUGCCUCCGAAAAAGGAGUACCGGAGGAAAUUACUCGGCAAAACUGCCAUCGUGACAGGGACAGCCAUGGGAAUUGGGAAAGCGAUCGCUGAUGCACUCGAAGCUGCCGGCGCUAUUGUGCACCGAAUCGAUAAAGAACAAUGCGAUCUUACCAACUCCACUGCCGUUAACAGCUAUAUUGGCGCGCUGGGCCCAAUCGACAUCUUGGUUAACUGUGCUGGCGGUGUCUGCGUGCAGGUACAUCAUCCAAUCGAAGAGAUCACCGACGAGAUGUGGGAAUCGGUGGUCGAUGCAAACUUGAAGACCGCGUUUUACUGUACCCGUGCCGUAGCGCCAGGAAUGAAGAAGAAAGGAUGGGGCCGCAUCGUCAACAUUUCUUCCGGCGCAGGCCGCAGUGUCAGCCUGACAGGCAUACAGGCGUACACGAGCGCGAAGGCGGGACAGAUCGGCUUCUCUCGCCAGAUGGCACACGAACUCGGGCCAUACGGAAUCACGGUCAACAACAUCGCGCCUGGAUUUGUAUUGUCCAACCCUACCAGUAUCGCCCAGUGGGAAAGCUACGGGGCCGAUGGGCAGAAGGCGAUCCUCGAUCGAGUGGCAACACGCAGAUUGGGGAAACCAGAGGAUAUCGCCAAUGGUGUCAUGUUCUUCAUCAGUGAGAACAGCGGGUGGAUCUCGGGACAAACCAUUAGCAUAGAUGGCGGGUCUGCGAUGUUCUGAGAAAAUAAUGAUAUUGCUGUCAAUACGAAACACAUUGGACGACUCCCACGUUCAGGGCGAUCCUUGUUAGACAUCGGUAUCGCUAUUGAUCGAGGUGAUCGUCCGUAGAUAUGUCGCGACAUCCGACCGCACCAACAUGGUCUCGUGUCUUGUCCAGUUCAUGGACAAGUUAGCAUCUUUGAAUGUAAAUUGCUUGCAUCUUCUGCACGCACUUUGUGACGUUGCAAAAACACGAAGGGGACAUCGUCCACGUCUUGUGCUGUUGAGUGUUGCCAAUCGGGAAGCCUGGUGAGGGAGGUUCCGAGCUAUCCAAGAUGAAAAGCAGGCGGUUCCCUGGCUUCUCGUGUGAUUUGGAGCAGUUCCGCAACGGGUAUCAUUCCGGAUCCAGCUGGGGUAAGGCCCUCUAAGUUUGGGAAGGCAUGUCGCAAGAAAUCGGCCGUGUCAACAGGAUUAGCGGAAACAGAAUAGUCGGUGUGUAGACUCAACAGUUGGGAGGGAGGGCAUUCCUUCCAGAUCAUUCUUCUUGGCGGCAUAUUAUAGUUGACUGAAAGUCGUAAGUGUGUCAGUCGGGGGCAUUCCUCGGCGAACAUAACGACUGUCGACUUGGUGACCAACGGCAGUAUUCGUUGAGAAGCUGCCCAGCCAUCGUCGAUCCAGAAAAUCUGGAGAAGAGACCAGGCGGAUGUGAUGUCUGCUAAUAGCUCGUCGUUCCACGGCAUAAAGACAUCGGAGAUGAGCCAAAACUGCUGCAUCUUACGGCAAAGGAGUAGAGGACGUAGGGCGCUGGAAAUCUUCUCGGUAAACGUAUUCCUCGGCUCUUCAUGCAAGGACAUCGAUAUCCGUAGGCUUGAGAUAGAUUUGCUCCAGCGAGUUGACAAAACCCGACACACUUGUUGUAGGUUCAGGGCGUGUUCGGCAAAGAAGUGCAGUUCCGCAAGAUCAGGUGACGUGAUCGACUCC